AUGGCAGAUACAGCAGUAGCUUCCGAAACUCCCGCUCCGGCGACUCCGGCGAAAAAACCGAAGGCCGCCGCUACUGCAGCAGGUGGUGCAAAGAAGCCCAAGGCGAAACCCACUCAUCCGAAGACUUCCGAAAUGGUCACCAGCGCAAUUAAAGAGCUGAAAGAGCGCAGUGGAUCAUCUUUGCAAGCGAUAAAAAAAUAUAUUGCCGCUCAAUAUAAAGUCGACGCUGAAAAACUAGCUCCGUUCAUCAGAAAGUACCUGAAGAGCGCAGUCGAAUCGGGUGCGCUUAUACAGACAAAGGGCAAGGGGGCUUCCGGUUCCUUUAAGCUUGAAUCAAAAUCGUCCGCCUCUAAGAAACCGUCGACGGGUAAGAGCAGCGGUGGCGCAAAGAGCGGCGUGUCCGCCGCUAGCUCGGUGUCGGCGAAGGUGAAGAAGAGCACCGCCGCGGGUAAGGGUAAAAAGACAGCAUCGGCAGCGACCGCAUCAUCACCGUCUAAGGCAAAACCGUCUGCAGCUACCAAGGACAAGAAGGCGGCCGCCGCGAAAAAGAAGCCGGCAGCCGCAAGAAAAUCCGCAACCGCUGGCCAAAGCGGCGUUUCUAAGGCGAAAGGCGCCGCUUCGAAGGCGAAAAAGAGCGCCAAACCACCGACAAAGAAACCUAAGGCUCCAAAACCGAAGAAGGCGGCAACACCCAAAUCGAAGCCUUCCGCGGCGGCAUCGAAGAAGGCAGCCGCUUCUAAAAAGUAA